AUCAAAGGACAAAGGUAAUAUACAAAUUAAUUAGUGUUAAUACAGUUACAUUUGAUUUCUGUGUUAAAUCAGGAUGGCUUAUCGUGCAACAGUGACUUUUAUUUUAGCUUGUAUAGCUUUCGUAAGUGUUAAUGGCGCCAUUCGGCGUGUCGGCGGAAUCGGUGGAACAAAACUCGCUACCCCAGAAAUUCAACAGCUUGUGGAUUCCGUUCGAUGGCAAAUAUUAAUUCGACUUCCGCUAGGAUACAACAGAGGGCAGUACUUACCAUUGAUAGCUCGAGCAUAUAAAGAACAGGUAGUCUCCGGCAAAAACUAUUUUAUCAAGAUUCAAACAGGGCCCAUGAGAUUUAUUCACGUAAGAAUUUACAGGAAAUGGAAUGGAUUGACUUCUGUGCAUGGUGUCCAGUUGCAGAAAUCCCUUUGGGAUCCGACUGAAUAUUUUUAA